UCAGCUGGAGUUACUCCUCGCAGACUCUCCAUCCCGAACUCGUCGCCUCUUGGCCAUCGCACCCCCACCUGUCAUCAUGUCCACCGCCGUCAUGCGCCAAAGCCGCAGCUUCGGCUCCCGCAGCAUCUCCAGCAGCAGCACCACCGCCACCAUGCGAGGCGCCAGCAGCAGCGUCAGCAGGGAGAUGCAGCUCGUCUCGAGCGGCAACACCAGAGUCUCCGUCGCCGCUCCGUGGAGCCGCGCGCCCAGCGUGCACGGAGGCGCGGGGGGGUUCGGGACUCGCAUCUCGGAGUCUUCUCAGGCCUUCUCCUUCGGCGGAGCCGCCGUGGUCAACAAUGAGAAGUUUACCAUGCAGAACCUCAACGACCGCUUGGCCAGCUACCUGGAGAAGGUUCGCUCGCUGGAGUCAGCCAACGGGAAGCUGGAGCUGCAGAUCAGAGAGUUCUAUGAGAAGAGGAAUAUUCUCUCCAAAGACUUCACCGGCUACUUUGCCACAAUCACUAAACUUAAAGCUCAGAUCGUAAAGCAAUAUUCCGAGAAUCAAGGUGUGGUCCUGAAGUUGGACAACGCUCAGCUGGCUGCAGACGACUUUGCAAUGAAGCUGGAGAUGGAGAACAACCUGCGUGCGAUGGCGGAGGCUGACGUGUCGCGUAUCCGAGGGGUCAGGGACGCACUCACGCUUUCUACCAGUGACCUGGAGCUACAGAUAGAAGGUCUGAAAGAAGAGAUGGUGUUCAUGAAGAACAGCCAUCAGGAGGACAUGCGUCUGAUGAGGAUGGAGCGGACUGGCGCGGUUAAUGUGGAGGUGGACGGCCCAAAGCCCGUCGACCUGAGUGUGGUCCUGCAGGAGACGAGGGACCAGUAUGAAGCUGUGGUGGAGAAGAACAAGGAGGAGCUCGAGAUAUGGCUCAAGUCUAAGGUGGACUCUCUCCAGACGAAAAUGGUGACGUCUUCACAAGAGGUGAAGACAUCUUACACAGAGCUUUCAGAGCUGAAGAGGAGCUACCAGAGUUUGGAGAUUACUCAUCAAAGCAUCGUCACAGAGUUGCAGUGCCUGAAACAGAACAUGGAAGAAGUGAAUGGUCGAUACAGCGGUCAGCUCAUUCAGCUGCAGCUCACCAUCAACACGCUGGAGGUCGAGCUCCAGCAGCUGAAGAUCUCCAUCGAGCAGCAGCAGGCUGAGUACAACCAGCUGCUGGACAUCAAGAUGAGGCUGGAGAUGGAGAUCGCCGAGUACAGGAGGCUGCUGGACGGAGACCUGACUGAGACAAAGAAGGUUGUGGUCAUCAACGAGGUUGUGGAAGUGGAAGAGCGGAAGCCCCACAUCGAGAGGAGGACGCAGAUCAUCGUGGAAGAGAUUGUCAACGGAGAGGUGGUGUCCUCCACCGUCGACACCAAAGUGGAGGACAUCCAGUAACGCGCCACGGUUCACUUCUGCCGCCACCAAACUUGUUUCUUUACUCAGAAAAUACUUAUUUAUUUACUAGAGUCAGUGGGUAGCUUUAGUUUGACGAGGAAAGUGUUUCAAGGGUGUUUCUUUUUACUGCAAUGAUGUAGCAGAGUUGCAGCGAGAUGUGAUCUUUACCUUCAUAGAUUCCUACUUAAAUAUGAUUGCAAGGAUAUUUUCUUGAUAAAAAACAUAUAUUCAAAUCCAGAAAGGUUUUGAUAUAGUUUAGAAAUGGGGUCUUUCAUUGGAAAAAUUCUGCUUUUUAUAUAUCCAAAUAACAAAGGAGCAGUUAAAGGGUUAAAGGAAUGAAAGUAGUUUUAGGCCAUGAAAAUAAAAUUAUAAAAAGUCAGUAACGUUGUUGUUGGCUGAGGUCAGCUCUUGUUGGUGUAUCCUAUAUUUUCUCGGUGUUGACAGUCUGCCAAAAAUCACAGCAAUACACCAAAAUAAAACCAAGUCGGGCAUUGAUUCAAAGGGAAAA